AUGGCUUCCAGAUUAGAAGAGGAUCUCUGCUGUGCCGUCUGUCAAGAUGUCUACAGAGAUCCUGUUGUUCUGUCAUGUAGCCAAAGCUUCUGUAAAGAAUGUGUGAAGAGCUGCUGGAAAGACAAAGAAGUAAAAGAGUGUCCACUUUGUAAGAGAAGACAUUCAAUGAUUGAACCACCUGUUAGCCUGGUGUUGAAGAACCUGUGUGAGACCUUCUUACAGGAGAGAGAUCAGAGCUCUUCACCUGCUCUCUGCAGUCUGCACUCUAAGAAACUAAAACUCUUCUGUCUGGAGCAUCAGAAGCCAGUGUGUCUCGUCUGCAGAGAUUCAGAAAAACACACCGACCACAGAUUCAGACCCAUCGAUGAAGCUACACAACAACACAAGAAGCUGCUUCAGGAAACUCUGGAGCCCUUGAAGAAGAAGUUACAGAGUUUUGAACGUGUUAAAGUAGAGUUUGAACAAACAGCAGAACACAUUAAGGUCCAGGCCGGACUCACAGAGACGCAGAUCAAGGAGCAGUUUAAAGAGCUUCAUCAGUUUCUGGAGGAGGAAGAGGAGGCCAGGAUGGCUGCACUGAGGGAGGAAGAGGAGCAGAAGAGUCGGAUGAUGAAGGAGAAGAUUGAGGCUCUGAGCAGAGACAUAACGGCUCUUUCAGACACAAUCAGAACCACAGAGGACGAGCUGGGAGCUGAAGAGUCUUUCCUGCUCAACUACAAGGCUGCAGUGGAACGAGUCCAGCAGCGCCCCCUGCUGGAUGAUCCACAGCUGGCCUCAGGAGCUCUGGUAGACAAGGCCAAACAUCUGAGCAACCUGAGCUUCAACAUCUGGAACAAGAUGAAGGACUUGGUCUCCUACCGUCCGGUGGUUCUGGACCCAAACUCUGCUGCUCCAUGGUUCGUCCUGUCUGAAGAUCUGACCAGUUUGAGACUAGGAGCGAAACAGAAGCUUCCUGACAAUCCAGAGAGGUUUAAUCAAUACACCUCAGUCCUGGGAUCUGAGGGUUUUAACUCAGGGACUCACAGCUGGGACGUCCUGGUUGGAGACAGUCCACGCUGGACACUGGGUUUGUCAGCAGAGCUUGUCCAGAGGAAGGGAAUCAAUCUGCCUGUAUACUGGAGAAUAGGAUACAUCACCUCCAUCCACUGUGUUGGAGUGUGA